CCAUUCUCGAAGAAAAACAUAAAGAAAACACUCGAAUUUAUUCGUGAAAUCCGAGGAAUUGAAAUGGAAGGGUCGAUGGGGGUUUACGUGGGAGUUCGUAAGCGGAAAUGGGGGAAAUGGGUGUCGGAGAUUCGCGAGCCGGGAAAGAAAACGCGGAUAUGGCUCGGGAGCUUCGAGACGCCGGAGAUGGCAGCCGCGGCUUACGACGUGGCGGCAUUUCACUUGAGAGGCUGCAAGGCGCGGCUCAACUUCCCGGAAUUAGUCGAGAGCUUUCCCAAACCGGCUACGUCUCAGCCCGAGGACGUUCGCCUAGCCGCCCACCAAGCCGCCAUGGGUUUCAAGCCGCCGCCGGAACCACCCGGCGCCGGGUUGCGGCCCGUGAGGAUUGGGCUCUCGCCGAACCAGAUACAAGCCAUAAACGAGACCCCAAUGGAUUCGCCCAAUAAGAUGUGGAUGGAGUUACUAAUAAGAGAGCCGCCAUUGAUGAUCUGUGAAGACAUGAUGGAGUUAGAAGAUUGGGAAGAAAUUCAAGAUGAUUCCAUUUGGGAUUUUUGAGUGUUAAUUAUAAAUUAUAAAUUAUAUACUGUGGGUGUGGGGGGGCCUCUUGAUUUAUGUUUUAGAUCAAAUAAUUAGGGGGCUCUUAAUUUUAUAUCAAUUCAACCUAUACUAUGUAUACUAACCAUUUAUUAUUAAUUAAUGUCGAAAAUUCAGUCUAAUAAAAUAAAUUUGUACCCGGA